AACCACUUCUUCAACAGCAAUCAGUCACCAACCCCAUUUAAACCCUAAACCAAAGCACAACAAAGAUCUCAUCACCAGCAUUGAAGUAAGUCAUUUGAAGCCUUCAGAUUGAAGGUUCCCUUCCUCUGAAAGAAAAUACCUAAAAACAAACAAAUGGUGUCCUAUAAUUAACACCUUCCACCCACUUCAAAAGACUGUAUGACAUCCGCUAAAUACAACCUCAUCUUUUAACAGCUAAAGACAUUAUAAAGAGGAAUAUUUGGAAGGCAUUGAAGUCAUUUCAAGUUCCUGAAGAAACCCAGAAGGGCCAAAACCAUAGAAUCAGGCCCCAACUGUUGAAAAGGACGUACCCCCACUUCCUCUAAUUUCCACUAUGGAGUCCAAUCGAGCAGACAGCAGUCUUUUACAUUUCCAACCCGUCAAAAUAAAAUAAGGUUAAAAAAACACCCAAGAAUACCUUUUUCUAGAGAGAGAUCUUAAAGAAAAAAGCUUGAAAAAACUUGAAACCAACGCCCUCUAGCACACGCAGUCGCUUUUUCAUAUUUGCUUGAAACAAAGAAAAAGGAGGUGAAGAGUGGAACAGUUGUGGUUUUGGGUAGAGUGAAAGAUGGCUGGUUACAGUUACAGACCAGAGGAUGACUAUGACUACCUUUUCAAGGUGGUGUUGAUCGGAGAUUCAGGAGUGGGAAAGUCAAAUUUGCUCUCAAGAUUCACCAGGAACGAGUUUAACCUCGAGUCCAAGUCCACUAUUGGCGUUGAAUUCGCUACGCGUAGCUUGAAUGUUGAUGGCAAGGUCAUCAAGGCGCAGAUUUGGGACACUGCUGGUCAAGAAAGGUAUCGUGCCAUAACAAGUGCCUAUUACCGAGGAGCUGUUGGUGCACUUCUUGUGUAUGAUGUUACUCGACACUCCACGUUUGAAAAUGUCGGGAGGUGGUUAAGAGAGUUGAGGGAUCACACGGAUCCCAACAUUGUAGUCAUGCUCAUUGGUAACAAAUCAGAUCUUCGUCACCUUGUGGCUGUCUCAACCGAGGAUGGGAAAUCCUUUGCUGAGAAAGAGUCCCUCUACUUCAUGGAAACUUCUGCUCUGGAAGCUACAAAUGUUGAAAAAGCAUUUGCUGAAGUUCUUACUCAGAUCUACCAUAUUGUGAGCAAGAAGGCCAUGGAGACAGGUGAUGAAGGGUCUGCUUCAGCCGUUCCCUCCAAGGGCGAGAAAAUUGAUGUCAGUAAAGAUGUCUCUGCUAUGAGGAGAGGGGGCUGCUGCUCAAGCUAGGAUGUUGUUAAUCUGAAGCCUGAUUGUUCAAGGGAUGCUGCCUGGGUUUGUUCUGCAGCAUCUAUUUCUUUGUAAACUCUGGUUUUGUAAAAUUCACUGGAAAGAUACCUACAGUAGGAUAUGGCCGGAGAUUGAUUAAUUUACAUACAAAAUUUUUCCUCAUGGCUGUAAUUUUUAGCAGACGAGGCGUUUGAGGAACAGGGUAUUACACUGAACGCAUUUAAAUAGUUGCUUAGAAAAUCUGUUUGCUGAGAGCCAGUUGUCCUGGGCUCUUUUGUUGGAAUCACUAUCUGUAGUAGUCUCUUCUCUUCCAUUCUCAGACAGAUUCAAAAUCAAUGAAUGAUGGUAAGGAUAGCAAUUUGAAAAAAAAAAAAAAAAUCUGAACUCACUUUAAAAUGAAGAAGAAUCUUGUCAUUAUCCUUCUCUCCAAAAGUUGUUUUUUAGAUUGCAUGAGUUUAUCAUGAUCAAAAUCAUGU